UGAAACAAAACCUGUUAGUGAAUUAAAUAAUGUACAUGGGGUGAAUUCUUUAGGUGAUUCAAUAGAUAAGUUGGGAUCUAGUCCACAUGCUUCGGCAACACCUGUUAGGACUAGAAGGGGAAGAAUUGUGAAACCUCGAGACCGUUAUUCUCCCUAGGAAACCUGAUUAUGUUUUUAAUUGCACAGACCUUGAGGGUGGCACCAUAGGCAUUUUAAUUUUUUGUUAAAGCAAUGGAGAUAGAAAUAGAAGUGGACGCAAUGGAAAGAAGGGACUUCGAACUGAAGACAUUGAGGCAAGACUGGGCAACAGGGGGGAUGAAGUGCCCUGUCACGGGAUGUGACAACUCACACUAUUCCCGCUUUGGCCGCUUCCUGGACCACUGGGCCCGUUUUCAUAAUAAACAUGUAACUCUAUCCUGGUGCGGCCAAUGCGGGAAGCUGUACAAGAAAAGAAGCCAUGCCAAGGCUCAUGUGAAGAUUCAUCGCCCUGUGGCCAGCAUUAUCUCAGAGGAGAGGCCCAACCACGAGAAUAGGGACCCCGAAGACGUAUUGCCCCCUAGGCCCCCUAGACAGGACACCCAGAUCCAUGAAGAGGCACAGCUUCAAGCCCAGGAAGAAAGACGGUGUUGGCCGUCCCGAUGGUGCAGUCGGGAGGAACAACACCUCAGCGACUUGAAAUAUUUGUACAUUCAUGCCGAGUCUGAGUAACCCUCAGUGUUUUGAUUUGUAUUCGUUGAUUUGUUGUAAUGACACCAUAUGAUUUUGUUUAUUCAGUUAGUCAGUCAACCUAUUAAAAAGGGGAAUAUUUUGGAACAUUUGUUUUAAUGAUCGGAAAUUUUAGACAAAGUAAGAGUUACUUUGUUCUUAGGGGGGAGGAAUGUAGAAAUAUUGAAAUUUCCUCUGAUUAUGUAGGAUAGAUGGUAGCAUUUACGUGGUUAAUAGCUCCUUACCGAUAUGUAGUUCGCUUGGGACAGCACGUUUCAGAUCUUGCCCCACGUGCGGGCACGUGCGUUUGUCGGCUGCAUGCCGAUUUAGUGUUUACAGUCGUGGGUCGUAUGGUAAGAGCGCUCCGAUUGGUUGGUGACAGACUGGAUUAGCCAGUGGCUGCACCAUUUAGACGUGUUGACCCAGAGGUUACGUGUCCUUGCGAGUAUAUAAGAGAUUGGCGCGAAUGCUCUCAUUGUCUUGCAUGAUCGGGAAGAUCAUUACAGGUGAGGGAGACCACAUCAAAUUACCGUGUUCGGAGGUCGAACAAUUCCCCAAUCCCUAGUGAUUUUAGGCAAUAAAGAUCUAAAUUAUGUGGCAACUUUAGAAUUCAUGGGUAAAUUGUUAUAAAGCUGGGUUGGACGGGUGGAUUUAAUGAGGAAAUAAUGUAAGCUAUGUGAUGUAGCUACAUUGACCGAUUGUGUUCGGAGGUUUGGAAGGGUGGUUUGUUUUCAUAGACUGUGUUAAGGAUGCUGUAGGGAUUAAAGUGGGUUAGUGAGGGGUUUGUUUGUU